UCCAAUGGCCUGAUCAAGACAUGGAUCACCAACUCAGUUUCUUCCAACAUACUCAAAAGCACAUCUGGAUGGUCUACUGCCAAGGAACUAUGGGAUGAUCUGAAGCACAGAUAUUCCAUAGUUAAUGAGACAAGGAUCUAUGAAGUUAUUAGAGAAAUCUCUAAUAUGAAGCAACAAGGCAUGUCAGUGACUGAUUAUUAUGCAAAAAUGAAGACAUUGUGGGAUGAAUUAAAAGAGUAUCAUGCAAUACCAACUAUCAAGUGUACUCAGUGCACUCUUGAUAUUCUCAAGCCUAUCAUGGACAAGAAAAAUAAAGAAAAAGUCAUGCAGUUUCUCAUGGGGCUUAAUGAUAGCUACAGUGCUAUUGUUAGUCAAAUUCUUCUGCAAGAUCCCUUCCCGGACAUCAAUAAAGCCUUCAACUUAGUUAGACAGGAAGAGAGAAAGCAGAAGUUAACAGAAAAGAGCCCCAGCAUUUCCCAAGAAGCCAUGGCCAUGGCAGUGCAAAAUUUUCAAUCUUUUCAAAAUAAUGGAGCUUCCAAGUCCUUCAACAAAAGCAAUGCACCUAAGAGAAAUGCAGAUGGAAAUCAGAAAUCCACUCAAAAUACCAAGGAAGGUCUAUUUUGCAACUAUUGUAAAAUGACAAAUCACACAAUUGACAAAUGCUUCAGGAUCCAUGGUUAUCCAAAUCCACCCAACAACAAUACCAGCAACACCAAGAAGUUCAAGCAUACAAAUUCAAAUUACAAGAGUGGAAAAGCUCAUGCAAAUCAAGUCACUACAGAAACUGAGCAUAAACCAACUCUGGAAUUCUCUGCAGACCAAUGCCAACAAAUCUUACAAUUCCUGCAGAAUCAGGGACAUCAAUCUAAUGGAUCACAAGGCAUUCAAUCUCAAGCUGCUUCAGUUUCAGGACAUAGCCACUUUGGAGAAGAUUGGCUUGGGAAUGGUGCUUAAGGGAUUAUAUCUACUCAACAAAGAUCAC